GCUGAUUUUUUCGACCAAUGAAAUGGCUUCUUUUAUUGAAAGUGGGGAUUUCAAACUGAAAUGUUGACGUGUUUACCAUACAUGAUAUUGCAGCCAUAGAGGACACAUUAGAAGAUGACAGUGGGUCGGCCUCGGAGUGACCGAAGUAUGGCGGGAUCAGAACGUAACCAUGUUAACGCUACAAAGUCCAGCAAUGUCAAAGUUGUUGUCAGAAUUAGGCCAGAAAAUGCUGCAGAGAAGGUCGGUCCAUUUGAAGUUGUUGUGAGGGACAUGAAUGAACAUGUGUUGGCCUUUGACCCGAAGGAGAGCAACUCACCUGUCCGCGGAUUCCGCAGACAACCGAGAGACAUCCGGAAACGUCGGAAUAAAGAUUUGAAGUUUGCCUUUGACUUUGUGUUUGGUCCAUGUACGACCAACGCGGAGGUGUACGAGCACACGACGAAAGGGAUCCUUGAUGGACUGCUGGAGGGCUACAACUGCUCAGUGUUUGCCUAUGGGGCUACAGGGGCCGGUAAGACACACACCAUGCUGGGGAGUGAGACCCGCCCCGGGGUCAUGUACCAUACAAUGAUUGACCUGUACGAGAGGAUCGCUAACCUUAAGGAUGAGAAGACAUGUGAUGUGGCCAUCUCCUAUCUUGAGGUGUACAAUGAACAGAUCCAAGACUUGCUGCUGCCACGGGGGAGUCUGCCAAUCAGAGAGGACCCAAACACUGGUGUUAUUGUGCCAGGACUCUCGCUGCACAAGCCGAAGAAUGCAGAGGAGCUCCUGUACAUGCUCCAGUUCGGCAACAAGAACAGAUCCCAGCACCCGACUGAUGCCAACGCUGAGUCGUCACGGUCUCACGCUGUCUUCCAGGUAUUUGUGCGACAGAAAGACCGCACCGCUAACAUAUCUGCUGAGGUGAAGGUGGCCAAGAUGUGUUUAGUUGACCUGGCAGGGUCCGAAAGGGCCACAGUCACCAAGAACCGAGGGGCUAGAUUCAGAGAGGGAGCCAACAUCAACAGGUCUCUCCUGGCACUUGGCAAUGUCAUCAAUGCUCUCGCGGAGAACAAGAACAAGGGCCACAUUCCGUACCGAGACAGCAAGUUGACCCGGCUCCUGAAGGACUCGCUGGGAGGCAACUGUCGAACUGUCAUGAUUGCCGCAGUCAGUCCUUCCAGCAUGUCGUAUGAAGACACCUACAACACCCUCAAGUAUGCCGACAGGGCCAAGCACAUCCGGGCCAUGCUGAAGAAGAACAUCCUGAAUGUGGACUUCCACGUGUCCCGGUACGGCCAGAUUGUGGAGGACUUGCGGAAAGAGAUCGGAGAGUUGAAGUCACGACUUCAGCUGUAUGAUGAGGGGAAGAUGGGGUCGUCACGGCGACAGUCAGCUGUCAAUGAGGAGCAAAGACUGAGCGCGAUCCUGGAGAACAUCUUCGAGGCUCGUUUGGACGUGCGUCGAGAGCAGCUGCAGGUGGAGUGUGUGUAUCGGGACCUGCUGUGGAAGAUUGGCCGCAAACAGAGAUGUCUUCAUCGACUCCGUGUCAUCUCGAGCGCUGCUCAGGGACAGGUGUGUGAGCGAGUGGAGCGCAGCCUCAAGUCCCUCCAGGGCAAGAUGGAGGCAGUGACCAGGAAGCGAGAUGCAGCUGAAGUGAAGCUGGCCGCCAACCAGGACUGGCUGAACCGGGUCCACUCCGAGUUGUGCCUGGCAGGAGGAGACAACGCGGUGCCAGAGCUGCUGUCUGUGAGUCUGAGGAUGCACAACCUGGAGGUGGAGGUGCGGGAUUGCAGACAUCACACCAAGCACCUGCAGAAGCUGAUACGCUCGCAGGAGAAGGAAACAACCGCCACCGACCGACUGGUUGCAAACCUGCUUGCUCUCGUACGCAAGCAACACUUUAUCCUGAAGGGUCACAACCUUGCGACCUCUGACCUCCUGGAGGAGUUUGAUGUGAUAUCUCAGUCCGUGGAUGGUCGAGAGGUGACAUGGGAGGAUGAAACGGCCGGUGAUGGUACCGGUGUUCCCAUCAACGACAUCAUCUCCCUCCCGCUGCUCCCAUCGGUGUUAGACGCGGAUUGCCCUGGCAGUCACCCGGGACACAGACACGGGGGACACAGACACACGUCGGGAGAGGCAGGCAAGUCAGGGGAACUGGCCAACAGUGGGGGAGCCCAGAGGGUGAUGUCUGGCCAGUCUACAGUGAGCACAGCAGCAGCAGCAGCCCGAGUGGUUGACGGGCCCCCACACUGUGCUCCUGGCUCUCUACCUUCACAUCUCUCACUCACUACAGAGGCUGACCCCAGCAUGACCUCGCAGUCUGUCAAUGCUGGUCACACUCCCGCAUUUAAGAAAAUGGCCACUCUGCAUACAGACGGCAGUGCACCUCCAUCAGCAUCAGGGCAGUGGCAGCGACUGAAUGAUACCUUCGCCCGGAACCCGGUCACAGGGCCUACUGAAGAACAGGGUGCGCCCAGUUCCCCAACUGCUUCUGUCAACUCCGACAACAUGGAUGGAACGUUCACACUGGAACCUUCACACAUACCCAGCCUUGUGCAGUCAGAUGUGUGUGCUGCAAGGUCAGAAGCUGUUUCUUCCUCAAAACCUAGUCUAAUGUCUAGCUUGCAGCCAUCACAGAUAUCCCCUGGAACAUCGUAUGUGCCGAAGAUUGACUUUGAGUAUGUGUGUCAGAGCCCACUGAGUCGGAGUACUGUGGUCAGGCAGACUGUGGACUCGCUGGACCAGAGCAGCCCCUUCCGGAGGACAUCGUGUCUCCCAAGGAAACCCUCCCCUGUCCCCACCCUCUGUGCAUCCCCCAUCCCCGUGCCCCCAUCUGUGCAGGCCUAUCUGAGCUCCCAACCCUUGGGGCCGUCAGAGCCUCAGGUCAGUGCUGUUCUACAGACACAGGGCUCCACUCAGUGUAACACGGCCACAAGGAGUAACCCUGUCAAUCUGAAAGGUUCCAGCACAAUAACAAAAUGUCAGACCAAUCUUUAUGGUUCAGCCACGAUCACCAAAUCCCAGGUGUGCCUCAGUGGCUCCAGCACGGUGACCAAGAGUACCCCGGGCCAACACGUGGACAAGGAAAACGAAGAUCACAGGAAGAACAGUGUGGUCCGGUCCAUCACAUUCGGUGGGGAGUGCCAGCAGACCCCAGACAGGCCGGAGAUGAAGAGUUAUGCUGAUGUGCUGAAGACUCCAUCACCGGUGAGGCUGAGGCUGAAGACCCUUGACAGCAACACACCUGUGUCGUCACCAUACCUCCCUAGUGCCAGUUGCAGAAGCGUGCCAGGGUACAUUCCGCCAGAGAGUGGGGUGUACAAGGCAACACACAAGUCUGAGGAAACGGCUCGGAACCUAAGUCAGUUUGGUCUGCCGUCAGUGGCCAACAGGUCUGCUCCAAGACUGUCCAAGCCCAGCUACAUGAGGCCCACGAAGGCUGCCACUCAGAGGACUCGUCACCUGUUCGGCCGUGUGAAGGAGGAAGCCCCCCAUUCUACCGCCGCCCCUCCACGUAGAGUGGCUGCCCCGGACUCCCACAUGCAGUCAACUACAGCCAACAAGUCGCUGUCCCGGAUGAGGAGCAAGUCCAUGUCCAGUCUCAGUGGGCGUGGCAGGUGGCAGCACUAGCUGCAUGACACCAGCAUCAGAGGACCGACCGACAUCCAUCAAGAUUAACUUAUCUUUCACUUCAGUGUCAUUUCACUUCAUUGUAUCACGUCUGUAUCAUAUCACUGUUAUGUGUGUAUCAUGUGUAUCAGUUGACUAUUUGUCUUUGUCAUCAUGGAAUCGCUUGUAUCAGUGAGGUGAUGGGCAGAUUGCAAUAUCCAGUAGAUGUCACCUUUCAUUCUUUCACAGGUCCCUUUUCAUUUCCUGCGGAUUAUAUUAACAGUAACUCAACGACAUCUCGGAAAUUCCUGUUUGUAGUAUCACAAAAUCACUUCAGUUCCAGUAUAAUACACAAUAUGGCUGAAAUAUUGCCGAUGUGAUGUAAAGCAUUAACUCACUCCAGUACAAUAACAGUGAUCCGUGAAAGAAUAGGUCUUCUGCAACCCAUGCUUGCCAUGAAAGGCGACUAACGGGAUCAGGUGGUCAGGCUCGCUGAAUUGGUUUAUGCAUGGAUCAAUGCUUAUGAUUUCAAACACUGGAUUGACUGGUCUUGCCUCGUUUAUUUAUAGACUGACGUCAUACAGCUGGAAUAUUGCUGAGAGCGGCGUUAAACAACAAACAAACAGCAGAGUGUUGUCGGUUAUGAGAUUCCAUAAUGGAUGUGAAGUGUUGUCGUAUCCCUGGAUGUAGGUUCUUGCUUCAUCAGAGAGGCUCAACAGCAUGCCACUGGGUGUGGCCGGCCAUGUGUCCUGCACGAUCUCAUGUCUCACGGACACCUGUCAGUUGCUCAGCCUUCACAGAUCUCUGUACCUGUUCAUUCCUUGUGUAAAUACUAAAAUACGUGCACUUAGAAUUAUGUGCGCUUUGAACAACAGAAGUAGCUGUGAAUAGCUGCAAUACUGAGGAUGUGUCGUCGAACCACACUCACACAACAGAAGGCUCAGAGUGGGUCAUACCUUUGUCUCAAGCUGAAAUUUAUGUUGUUUUUUUAUAUAUAUAUAUUUUGUUUUUUUGAAAUAUCAACUCAGACAGUAAGAAUGUGUGAAUGUAUGUGACGAGUAAACUGUGACAAGGUGAAGGUCUUUAGUGGAAUCUGGAUAUUUAAUGAAGCAGCUUCUGAUUAUUUAUUAGUUUUGCAUGGUAACCAACUGUCAUUUUAUUAGACAGAAAGGUCAUUCAAUAUCCUGUAUAUUAUCUACAACUCUUCUUAAACUGUUUCACAGCCUUUUGCAAUGUAUUCCACUCCCUGUGUACAUUUAGGAGAAGGAGUGAGUGAGUGAGGUUUUACGCCGCUUUUAGCAAUAUUCCAGCAAUAUCACGGCGGGGGACACCAUUUAGGUGAAGGGAGACCCUGAUUAUUGUGCCUGAGGAUUACCAGGACUCCCCAGCUAUUGACUUGCAUGUCAAAAUGUGCUUGCAUCACAAGUUUGCUAAAGGGUAUUAGACCUACCUGCUGUUGCCUUAAAGAAUAAAUACAAACUAU